AUGCUAAAUUUCACCGGCUCAUCCAAGAAAAGAGUGGUCAAUCUCGGUGAAAAGAGAUCUACACGUGGCAAAAACUACCUAGAACAAGCCAGGCUUGACCGGAUCCAACGAGAGGAAUCCAGAUUACGUGAAAAAUGUGCUCAGGUGCUCCAGUCAUACAUCCGGAGACGCCUCGAUUUGAUGAUUCGGGCUGAUGAUUUCAAAGAACAAUGGCCAGAACAUACUGAGGUGUUCAACUGGGACAUCUGGGCUGCACAGUUUGUAUUUGUUUGCAGAUUCGGCAGAAGAAAGGAUGCACAAGACCUUUUGCCUCGAUUGAAGGAACAAAUCGCUCAGCUGCGUGACAACUUGAAUGCUAGAGCUCAGGCUCGUCUCAUAGGAGGAUUGUUUCGGCUCUUGGACCAUAGUGUAAGUCCCCAAAUGGUGUUGUCUUGUCUUUCAGAUAUCAUUUCCAUACAUGGAGUUCCAGUGGAAGGUAGUGCGGAAUGGACGGGAAUCAUUAAAAAAUUACUGGCAUUCAUGGGUCUGGACAACCAGAAGCAAGCUUUGGACCUUAUUUUUGCCUUCAACCGCUCCGACAGCUUGCAGGCAUUUCUUAACUUCGUGGCCAACGUGCCUCCAGAAUACUUGGAGAAUUCACAUCAGUAUUCUCAGGUUUUCCGCAACGUUUUCUCACUGGAAUGUGUUGAAGUGAUCCUGAGGUUCACGGAUAUACAGAAAACUCAGUUGUUGGUGAAUGUGUUGAAUGUGGGAGGGCCCGACUAUUCAAAUGUGGACUAUUUAGUCCAUGCUAGUAUCAUUUCCACCAUGAACUUCUCCGUGAAGGUACAAUCGGACAACGAUGAAGAAGACCUAGUUCAAGAAAGUCGGGUCGAUGCCGAGGUCUAUGGCCGUGGAGUGACCGUAUCCGAAAAAGCUGCACACGUACUUCUGGUGCUUUACUCGUCAAGCUAUAUUACUCAUGCAAUUGGCCAGCUCCAGCAUUCUGGAACGGACACGAAGUUGGCCGUUCUGUUCAUCUCACUGCUUAUGUAUCUAUUCCCGGAGUCCAGAACUAAAUUGUGUAUGAUGAUGACUAUUAUGCCAGGACUAGAUCAUUGGAUGUUUGUCGAGUUGUCUACACAUCCAGCUUUUGUUGAGUUCAAGAAACAGGAAAAGGACACGGAUGCUAUGUCCAUGGAAAUGCUCUGGAAGAUUUUUGCUCUUGAAGAUGUCACAUUAUUCUUGAAUUUGUUACAUACGUAUGAGCAAUUGCUCUCGUACUGGUUGAUUGUUGCCAAUGAUCUCGAGUCGUUCAAUGGAGACAGGUUCACUCGCAAUGACAUGUAUGCCUUUGCUGAAUUCUUGAAGAUACUAUGUCUUACACUCAUUUUCCGGACAAAUGACAACAUGUCAAAUUUGCCUCAGGAAUUCACCCGACUUAAGGAUAUCUCCAUAUCUUUGCUCAACCAAUUCUACAUCAGGAAUUUACGGUUGAAAUACCUUCCCACCAACUUCUGGACUCUCAAAUCGCUUAAGUUUGAAACGGACAGCAUGAUUCAAAUUGUCUUGGACUACGAGGAACUACGUAAAGAAAUGGAGGAUUUUUCAUCGGAUGAAGAAUCUGAACGCCGCCCUUCUAUCUCUAAAUCGAGACACAGAACUCCCGAUAUGGCAUCUAAGUUGGAAGUACUCAAUAAGGUUCCCUUCUUCGUCAAUUUUACCGACAGAGUAAGAGUGCUUCAAAGUCUCAUUGACGCUGAACUGCUGCUGUUGGAAGCCAGUCAGCCAUGGCUGUUUUUCGACGGCCCACAUAGCACUAAGUUGGCGGCAGACAUUUACAGAGAGAAUCUUUUAGAGAGUUCAUUUGAAAGAUUCAACAAGGUAGGUGCGCAGUUCAAGAACAAACUCCAGAUCACUUUCCACAAUGAGCAUGGAGUAGAAGCUGGAAUCGAUGGUGGAGGACUUACUAAGGAGUUUUUGACGUCGGUUGUGACUGAUGCAUUCAGCACGAACAAUGCUUUGAAACUUUUUCGAGAAACUGAGGCCGAUAACGAUCUUUACCCCAACCACGAUAUCUAUCUCAAGAUUCUGAAACGUAUUGACUUGCCUGAACAGCAGACCCGCUUGCAAUACAUGCGAUUUCUCGGGAUGAUCGUUGGCAAAUGUCUCUAUGAACAUGUUUUGAUCGAUGUUGCGUUUGCACCUUUCUUCUUGGCCAAAUGGAGGGUGGCGCAGAACUCCAUGAAGAAUUCUAUUAACGACUUGAAAUUCCUCGAUAGAGAUUUGUACCAAAACCUCAACAAACUUCUCGAAAUGAGUGAGGAACAGAUCCAGCAGCUUGACCUUGACUUCACCAUAAAUGAGCACGUCGACUCCGACACUUUGCAAUAUGAUUUGCAACCACCUCAUGGAGAAACCAUAAAGGUCACCUCUAGCAACCGUCUUAAUUACAUCCAUCAGAUUGCCAACUUCAAAUUAAAUCAAUCACUCCAUAUCCAGACCAAGUACUUCUUAGAAGGUUUGUUUGAGUUGAUCAAUGCUACAUGGCUUAAUAUGUUCGAUCCUUACGAGCUUCAGAUGCUCAUUUCUGGAGGAAAUGAUGUCAACAUCAAGGACUGGAAAGAAAACGUUCUGUACGGAGGCUACUUCGAUGAUGACGUCACCGUGGUGCUCUUUUGGCAGGUUGUGGAAGAAAUGUCGCCACAGGAGCGCUGUGAUCUUAUCAAAUUUGUCACGUCGGUAUCUAGAGCUCCGCUACUUGGUUUUGGUGCACUUUCGCCCAAAUUCGGUAUUCAUAACAGUGGACCAUCCAAUCGUUUGCCAACGGCAUCGACGUGUGUGAAUUUGCUCAAGUUACCAGAUUAUAAAGACAAAGAUGUUAUUAGACAGAAAUUGCUCUACUCCAUUUCUGCCAACUCAGGGUUCGACUUAUCGUAA